AUGGCGGUGCAAAAACUUGCUAAUGGUUGGCGCGCCCGCCGCAAGAAGGACGGCAAGACGUUCAACGGACCGCUGCGCGCGACUGAAGUGGCCGCAAACGAAGAUGCGCGGCAAAUGGAGGAAGCAGCAGCUGUCUCCAGUGAACGCUUGCAAGAAGUUUUUGAUAGACUAUCGGGCUCGCUUUCUGCCCUGGCCGUGACCUCUGUACCGGCCGUGACCCAAAAUGGUUCCAAUUGGCGUGCUCGUGUGAAAGUCAGCCGAGCAACUGUCAAUGGUCCGACACGGCAGUCCAAAGCAGCUGCCGAAGAGAAUGCGCGCUUGCUUCAGCAAGCGCAGCAAAUAUCUAGCGCUGAGCUGCAGAAAGUCGCCGAUCGUUUGCAGAAGGAAGUUGCUGACGUGCGUUCUGUGGCAACUGUUACUAAACAUGGUGCAGGGUGGCGCGCUCGUGUGCAGGGUGCCCAUCAAGUGUAUGGUCCUACUAGGCAGUCUAAGGCUGCUGCAGACGUCGAUGCCAGUCAAUUUCAGGCUGCGCUGCAGCUCUCUGCCAAAGAGUUACAGUCUGUUGCUCAGCGGCUGCUGCAGGAGGCUGCUGAUGUAGUCGUAAGGAGUAGCCGAGAAGCUCGGUUUGACGAAGUCAUUUUGGCUGAGAUCCGUGAUGCUUUGGGCUUACAGCGACCGCAGAAGCGAGCCAGACUGCGUGCGAAAAAUGUCGCCUAUGAUAUCGACCCUGAGGUGGCCUCGAAGAGUGCGUGGAUGGUGGAAUUGGGCUUUCACACUAGACUGGAUUAUGGCUCUCGGCCCGCAUGGACAAGUGGCUUGGAGCGUGGCACGACGCAUGCUGGCUUGAAGAAUUUAGGGAAUAGCUGCUGGCUCAAUGCCGUGCUGCAAUGUUUUCGGUGGACUCGCCCGCUGUACAAUGCUUUCACUGCUCGGUUGAUGGAAUGCGAAGAAUCGAUUCUGGGAUCGCUGGUCGCAGAUGUUUUAGCGAAGCUUGCAAGCAACGACUGGGAUUACGUUGCACCAUUUGCUUUGCUCAAUCAACUGUAUGCAACCUAUCAAGGAAGAUUUCGACCUGGUGAGAGCGCAGAUGCAGCAGAAGCUUGUCGCUUGUUGUUAGACCGGUGUGUCUACGGCAGUGAUAUUGUACAUUUACUGCCUACAUCCAUUGCAAUGGCUCGGCGCGGCAAAACGCUCACGGAGCUGACGCGUGAGCAUUUUGCUGCAUGCCGGUCGAGCAGUGAUGUUCUCAUUUUGGAAGUGGCGCCCGUCGAUGGCGGCCGGAUGAAUUGGUCGCAGUUAUUGGUGGCACCGCCCUCUGGUGAGGGCAACAACUACCUCUACACAGUUUCCGGCUUUGUGGCGCAUGCGCCGCCUGCGGGCAGCGACUGCCUCUGUCGCUUGCCUCGGUUGUUGCAGGAAACUGUGGCGCCUGUGCCUGAUGCUCCUGUGGAGCGUGUGGUGGGAGCGCCUCCUGGGACUGCGAGGACUGCUGGCUCGCGCCUUGGCUGUUUUGCGGCGACACUGCAACGCAAGCGUCGUGCAGCCGGAGACAACGGCGCGCAGGCCGAAGACGAGCGUUUGGAUUUCUCGGGUCAAGGCCGGAGACAACAGCGCGCAGGCCGAAGACGAGUCGGAGACAACAGCGCGCAGGCCGAAGACGAGCGUCUGGAUUUCUCGGGCCGGAGACAACAGCGCGGAAGACACGCGGAGAAGGGCAACCGUGCAGGUCGUGCCCGAGAGAGCCGUGCAAGGCAGUCCAAAGCUUUUGGUGGCAAUGGAUCUUCCAAUAUGACAGGUUCACGAGAUGACAAAUGGGCUGACGAGGACAAUCCGUUCCUCAGAUUCAAAGAGGAUCAUGCACUGCACCGCACACGGGACACUGAAGUGUUGCGGGUCUGGCCGAUGGAGGCAGUGGUCAUGCCUCGUCAACCAUGUCAUCUUUGCGACGCUGGCUUUGAGGAUCGUGCGAGUCUACUGGAACACAUUGCCAAAGAGCAUGGUGGUUUGCAGAAAUAUCGGAAUGCGAUGCUGUGUCUGCAAUCGUUCUGUCCGCAUGUUGUGGCUGGCAGCGAAGUACGAUACUAUGUCAGCAACUACAGCACCUUUCUCCGACACGCCAGCAUGGAUUGGGAAGGGCCUUGCUUGACCGAGCUCCGCGGCGGCCGUGGGUGCGCAUUUUGCGCCAGAUGGUUUUGGUUGGAAGAGAUGUGGGCUGUGCACCUGGCAGGCGAGCAAUGCUUCAUGCAUGAAAUCACCUGCAGUUUGGACGCUCUUGUCUGUGGAUCGAUACCAUCAGCGCUGGCCGAAGAUCCCUUUGACAGCUGCAAGCCUCUGGCAUCCAAGUGUGCGCAGCUGACGGAACCUGUCUAUGUUUGCAUCGAUUGCCACCAAGCCUUCGCUCCCAAGAAGCCGCGGCUCUGCAAGUUUGCUCUCGCCAACGAUCUCUGGCUUGGACGCAUCGAUCCAUUGCUGUGGGAGGCCAACAUGACGCACGAGAUGUGCUUGGCACUCGCCCGCACCGUCGCCACAAAAGUGGUGCUGCGAGCCGGUGGUGCGCAAACGGCGCAGGCGGCCACCGAGCAGCAGUGGGACCACGUGCACCAACAGACUGGUUACGUGGGUUCCUCGGUGCUCUUCCACAAUGGCGAUGCCAAGCAUGCGCUGCAGUCGCUGCCGCCAGAGAAAUUGAACGAUGCAUUGGCCAUUACGUUCUGCACGGAUCUUCCUGUAGAAGAUGUUGACCAUGGCCGCGAAGCGGUCCGCAAGAUCGUGCAGCUGCGUCUGCGGAAGGACCGAUUUCUUCAGCAAGCUCAAGUUUUGAUGGACACAAAUGUUGUGUAUGCUGCAGGAGCGGCCAAGAUCGACAACGAACAUUUGACGAAAUGGCUUGGUGGCGAAGAUGAUGUCGUUCCUCCGGCUGUUCUUGAUUGUGUUUUGACCGUGCCAGUUGGUCGUGAUGGGCCUGGCAGCAUGCGGCAAGAAGGCCCCGCCCAGGCCACUGCAGGCAACGUCGCUUGCAAUCAAGAUGAAGUGGUUUUUGCGACGGAGCCGGAAGUGAAGGACUUCAAUGACGACGAGACGGACGUCUCCAGUCGUGUCGCGAUCAUGCUGCAGAAACUGGAAGAGUUGGAAGCGGCUGGUGCCCGUUCGGUUGCCGUCGAGAUGGCGUCGUUGAUGGAAGAAGAUGCAGUGUUGCUGGAUCAUUUGGGCCGCAGGAGGAUUCAGAAAAUUUGUGAUGAGAUUCAAGAGACUUGCCGCAAGUUGUCCACUCAAGAAAUGUGUCGGAAGUUGGAGGUGGAACUUCGUGAUGCCGUCAUGGGUAAGUCCCGUUGGCUAUUGCCUGUGAGGAGAAUACUGCAGCAGAGGGCCCGGAGACAUAUGAAGCGCAACACCUCAUGGUUGCUCGUGACAAGAAACCGCUUAGUUUCUUUGACUGGAAGAUUUGGAGCAUGGCCAAACCUCGUCUCUGGCGGUAUGGUGACGCUUCGAAUUUGUUUGACCGCGAAGAAGCUUUGUCAACUGCAGAAUGGACGGCAUGCAUGCUGCGACGAGAGGACACCGGCGGUUGAGUUGAAGAGUCUUUUUUUUGAAAUUUGGUUGCGGGAGAUGGUGUAUUCUCUGGACAGUGAUCAGACUCCGUACGUGGCGAUGCAAGCCGCGUCUGCCAAUGUUCUCGGUACAGACGGAGAAACAGUGGAUUUGGGUGCAGUGGCCGCUGACAUGCCAGAGGAUUUGCAAGAUAUGAGGCGUGUGCUUGAUCCUGCACUGUGGCUAGAUUCUGAAGAGCAUUUGCCGCAUGUUGGAUUCACUGAUUCUUUGGGUUACAUGGCUUGGUAUGAAUGGAAUGGCAAAGCUUAUGAGGUUCGUUCUGAUGCGCCGUCUACUUCCGUGUCCUGGUUGAAUCGGAGAGAUUGGGCGCCUGACUUUCGAUCUGCAUGGUUGACCGCUCAUCAACAAUUUAUGGAGAAAGAGGGCGAGCCUGUCACCAGCGACGCACAAGAUGAGGACGCACCAAUGCCGCCAGCAGAAGAUGGACAGCAAGAUGCGCACAUGGCAAACGCGGAGGAGACAGAUGAUUCCACUGCUGAACUCACGCGAGCCAUCCGCUGUGGCAUCAGCGAAGCAUUCUGUGAUGGCAUCAACAGCGGCUUCUACAUCAACAGCUAUACCACCAAGCCUGGACCUGGUUUAGCUGGUAUGUUGGAGGAGCUCCAAAAAGGCAUUGAGCGAUUGGAGAAUGAACGUCAGGAACGCGAACAAGACCGUGAGAAGCAGGCAGAAGCUGCGCGGGCGGCAGGCGAGCAUGUUGCAGGAAGACGUGGUGUACUUUUUGCCGAAACACUGAAGCAGCAGUAUGGCGAGAGCGUUUUGCAACCGAAGGAGAAUCUGGAUGUUGCUUCUGAUCCAGUGGUGUUUCGUCGCGAUGGCCUUGAUCCAGUGACUUUGGUUGGUUGGAAGAAGGUGGCACGCGUAGAUCAAGAAACUGGUGACACUGUCUAUGUCUAUGUUGGUCCUCAUGGGCAAAAUUGUGCUGAUUUGGAUGAAGCAUUUGCUGUGUACGACUCAUCGGUUGAUUUGGAAAGAGGUGGUCCAGGGAAAAAAGCCCAACAAAAGUUGACGUUCAUAGAGGAACUGUUGAAGAUUCACCAGGUGACAGAAACCGUGGCACGAGACGAGUGA